CUAUAAUGCAACUGGGCUUCCUCAGCUUGGAGUGGCAGACGGAGGGAGAGGAAAGGGAAGCAGGGAGCAUUCGCCCCUCCCGGGCCUUUCUGCGUGGAUUCUCUUGCAGCAAUUCCAUGCUAGAGGUCUCCACCGAGCUGCAGAAACAGGAACUGGCUGCUUGGGAAGGUUCCUCUUUCUUUUGUGCAUCACCCAGAGCGCCCGAUGCAGCCCUGCCCUCUCCCCGCCUCCCUUGCAGUCUAGGAUCUCAGUAAAUCCAGAAAAAAAUCCUGCCCUCCGCAGAGUCAGGCUUGGACCCAAGGGAAGCGAGGGCUGGGGCAGAUUGGAGCCCCCACUGCCACGUCUCGGCCCCCCUCCUUCCCCGGCACAGGCAGCCAGAGGGACCCAGAGGGUGCUGCAAGUGCGGAGAUUGGGACCAGCCGCACAGAAGGGCAUCUGCAUUGUCCCAUCCUCAGCACCAGCUGGCACUACCUGCCAGUCUCAGCCUUGCCCCCAGCCGGGUCCCCCCCUGCACCAUCCCCCCGUGAGCAGAGCCUCCCACCUGGGUGCUGUGGAUGCUGCGCAUCUCCCUGGAUUGCUGGGGCUAAUGCUGAGUGCUGACAGGAUGGAGGAGUUUCAAAGUGAAGAAGAGGAGCCCUGGUAUGACCAGCAGGAUCUGGAGCAGGACCUGCACUUGGCGGCCGAACUGGGGAAGACGCUGCUGGAACGCAACAAAGAGCUGGAAGAUUCGCUGCAGCAGAUGUACACGACCAAUGAGGAGCAAGUGCAAGAGAUAGAGUACCUGACAAAGCAGCUGGAGAUGUUGCGCCAAAUGAACGAACAGCACGCUAAGGUCUACGAGCAGCUGGACCUGACGGCGCGGGACCUGGAGCUGGCCAACCAGAAGCUUGUGCUGGAGAGCAAGACAUCCCAGCAGAAGAUACAGUGCCUAACAGAAACCAUCGAGGGGCUACAAAACCAGGUGGAGGAGCUGCAAAAGCAAGUGGAGGAGAUGCGGAGUUUGGAGCAACUCCGCAUACGGCGGGAGAAGAGGGAGCGACGUCGAACCAUCCAUACCUUCCCCUGCCUCAAGGAGCUGUGCUCAAGCCCCAGGUAUGAGGAUGCUUUCCAGAUCCACAGCUCUUCAAUGGAGUUCAACCAGAAGCCGCUAGAGCGGGAGAACGAGCGCCUCCAGGCAAUGGUGAACUCCCUACGGUCCCAGGUCAACCAGGAGAAGCAGCGGAAGGAGAGGGUGGAGCGGGAGUACACAUCCGUCAUCCAGGAGUACUCGGACCUUGAGCAGAGGGUGUGCGAGAUGGAGAGCUGCAAACUGCGCAUCAAGGAGCUGGAGGCCGAGCUCCUGGAGCUGCAGCAGAUGAAACAAGUCAAGAAGUAUCUUCUCAGCAGAGAGGACAACCUGUCCGAGGCCCUUCUGGAACCGUUGAACAAUGCCCCAGAAGCAGACUACAUUGAUCUCUCAGAGGAAGAAGGGGCUAAAAAUCACGGGCCCUCCAUGACACCUUCUCCAAAUCACCCCGUCCGGAAAAGCUGCAGCGACACCGCCCUCAAUGCCAUCGUGGCCAAGGACGCCGUGAGCCGGCAUGAAGGCAACUACACUCUUCACGCCAACAACGUGCGCAAGCGGGGCAUGUCGAUCCUGAGAGAAGUGGACGAGCAAUACCACGCUCUGCUGGAGAAGUACGAAGAGCUCCUCAGCAAAUGCCGACAGCACAAGGACAGCGUGCGUCACACCGGAGUCCAGACAUCCCGGCCCAUCUCUCGCGACAGCUCCUUCAGGGACUUCCGGGGAGAGGGGCAUGAGCUGGAAGAGCGCAAAACGAUGGAGAAGACCCUCAGCAAACACGUGGAGGCCGUGGACAAGCGGCUGGAACAGAGCCAGCCAGAGUACAAGGCCCUUUUCAAGGAGAUCUUUUCACGCAUCCAGAAGACAAAAGCAGACAUCAAUGCCACCAAGGUGAAAAACAAGAACAGCAAAUGAGUCCUGCCUCCGCUGCAUUCCCUCUGUUUCCACAUGUAACUUCAACAGCCAGCCCUUAUCUUCCACCACACAAAACAUAGUGUGGCCUCUCCCCCUGCCUUGAAGUCUGGAGGCCGGCCACUUACAUGGUCCUCUUGUACUGGAAAGGAGCCUCUUUGGUUCAGGAGUGAGGAAAGUGCCAUGGAGACUUGCUUUUUUAAGUUCGUGCCCCAAGUGGAUCCACCUGCCAGGGUUUCCAAACUGGCUGGAAAAGCUGUAUAUUGUAGUUAGAGGUGAUUUCAAAAAGUUUACCAUGAAUUUCUGCAUGUGUUGCUGCAAGCAGCCAGAAAUCAUAAACGAGGGAAAACCAACCAGCUUCCCACCCUUUCAGCUUCCCCAGUAGUCACCAGUCACUGUGUUUGAUUAGCUACAGACAGAAGCUUGGAUGACCGACACUGUCCUGGAAUGGGCUGGGUACAAUGAUACAAAAAAAGCCAUCAACAACUUCCAGGGAGUGCUUUGGAAAAUCCAGCCCAUCUCCGUCACCGAGAUCUGCUGCAAAGCACCCACAGCUGUACUUGAGACUUUAACCUGACCUUUCCAUUCCUUGAAGGGCAGUAUUUUCUUGCUAUUUAAGCCAUUCUCUUAUCAGUCAGGUUUUUCAGCUCUUUACAAUGCAAGCUCAUUGCAACUGGAAAAACUUGAAAUAUAGAACUGAUUGUUCCAUCUUCAUCAGCUUUCACCUGAUAAAUCAGUCCAUAAUCUUAAGACACCAUAAGCAUAUAGAAUUGCCUUCCUUUACACUCGUAUCAACAUUUCAUUCCAGGUAAAUCACCGCCUGGUUGAAAGGGAUGACCAGGGCUUUCCCCAAAGCCAAGCAGGAAGUGCUAUUGCUGGGUCUGAGACUUACCCUCAUCUUCUCUAGAUGAGGAGCAUGGGGCUUCUACACCAUGCUAUUCAAGAGGUCUUGCCACCUCUCCUAGCAAGCUCCUAAUGAUAUAACUUGCAUGGGUUUGCAAAAACUGAUUAGCAGUGAUUCACCUGUAGAUAAAAGGAUAACAAAAAACACCAUAAAGGGUUAAGAGCAGUGACUACUGCUAAUAGCAUUGAUCACACUGUCCCACGUCUUCUCUCUGUCUGCUCCUGGUUAAGCCAACAGACACGGUGUUUUCUGUGGAAAUAUGACUGAGCUGCCUUCUCCAAAGGCUGUCGCCUUCCGUGGCAUUUUCUAUGUUCCAUUUAACUGUCCAGUGUCAGAAUCUCUUCACUCCGUGUACACUCCCAGAGACAUGCACAUAGACACACACACACGCAAAAAGCUUCACCAGUC